GGUAUAUUGAAGGAUCAAGUUCACCCAAAGACAUGGUCAUUAUUCUCGAUCUGUAAGUAUAAAUAGUUUCCCUAACCUAUUAAAGCAUGCAUUUGCUUAGGUACGUUUACACGCUGCGAUUUGCCGUGUAUACGAUUCAUAUUCUGGCGUAUGAAUGCUGACGCCACAUUAUUCCUCUUCAUUCAGAUUAUGGCGAAAUUUGAAAUGCAACCACUUUACGCGUGCUUAUCAUUGAACUAUAAAUAAACUUAUUAUUGAACUAUAAAUAAACUUAUUUAGUUCACUUAUAGUUCAAUGGUGCUUAUUCGAUCACAUAUACGCUAUAGAAGACGAAUCGUACACGACAAAUCGCAGCGUGUAAACGUAUACAGUAGCUUUACUCAUUAAUGCAUGCGGAAGACUCUGACUCCCUGUGACGCGUAUAUAGAACCGUCUGAGGUUAGACAGAGUAAAAUAAUCAAGUAUAUAGGACUUUUUUGAGCGCAUUGCAGUUUGUAUAUCGUAGCUAAUAUAUUUGUGUUUGUGUUGUUAGUAAUCUUUACAAGUCAUAAAACAGAUCAUCUUUUAAUGACCUGGAUUCGCUAAUUAAAUUCUUUCGUAUGUAUGCAUGGUAUACUGUAUUGUGGCGCAAUUCAUGCAUUCUAUGGGACAACUGUAUUCCCUUGCACAUAUGAAAUCAUGUAUGGAAUUCGAAAUUUAAGAUGCGAAAAUAAAUGCACAUUUCAUAAUUUCAUUAAUUAUAUGAUAUUCACAAUAUUUCGCCGAUUUUUCAUCAAUACUUGAAAAAGUGUAAUUUUGUAAGGGUUGUACUAUACAUUAUCAUAUUUUACUUCAUUGUUCUACCUUAUACUGUAGUGUGAUAUAUAUUAUAUACUUUAUAUUAUUAUAUCCUUGUGUUGUGUUGUGUUGUGUUGUCUUGUGCUGUAUCUUGUCGUUUUCGUGUUGUGUUGUGUUGUAUUGUGUUGUGUUGUGUUGUGUUGUGUUGUGUUGUGUUGUGUGAUGCAUUGUGUUAUGUUAUGUUAUGUUGUAUAGUGUUAUACAGAUGCACUAUUUUCCCGAUUUAGGAGUGGCAGUGUUAUUGGCAAUCGCUUGUUGAUUAUCAAGUCAGCUAUUUUGAAAUUACUGGAUACCUUGCAAGAAAACGAUUUUGUUUCUAUCAUUUGUGUAAGUGAGAAAUACAUUAUUUCGAGUUAUUGCUAAGUGUGAGUGUAAUUAAUUAAAGGGCAACAAGGCGUCAGCUAAAUUACGACCAUGUUAUUAAAACUUGUCCAAGUCUCCUGUUAAGAAAAGUUUUCAGAUGCGUGUAAUUUAAGGCGCUGUUACACUUACACUAUAUGCAACUUUUCUUGCGACUUGUGUCGCAAUUGCAAGGUUAACGCAUACAUUACAAGAAAAUUGCAAGGUGUAACAUACAUCGCAAUCAUCAAGUCUCGCAACAUUUUUGUUGCAGGAAACGUUGCGAAAAGUAGAACCUGAUUCUACUUCGUGGAACGCUUGCUGCAACAAAGUUGCAAGACAAGUUGCAUAGUGUAACAGCGCCUUUAAUGGCACAUGGUUUUAGUGGAUCACUAGCGGACAUUUCUUGAAAUAUUGGGCAGCGCAGGGUGUGAUAAUUCAAGAUUUUUAGUCGUACCUGACUGGUACUCCAAUGAUUAUUGCAUUGUACUUGAGCUGGUACAAACUUAAGACUGAAGGUGUACUUAUAUAAAGUCUUUAAAAUAAAGUACAUCACAUCGUAGGUGAUCGGACCUCGCGCUAUCUGCGUACUAUCUGCGUACUCACAUUUUGCUGGUACCAUAUGACCUUACCAAGUCCAAAGUAUUAAAAUCCGUAAUUGUAAUUACAGGAAAACUACGUCAAGCGUUCCUCUUUUGAGUUCCUAACUUGAUUGCAAUUUUCCUCAUUACCUUUGCAAAUUUGAUUAACUCACUUGCAAAUCCCUUGAGGGAAUUUGCAAUGUUCCUAUCGGCUGUUGCGGUAUUCCAAUGCAGAGAAACUUCCUUUCAAAUUUUCGUAACUUCCUGUUUUAAUUUCCUGACUUCCUGUUCUGUUCUAUUCUGUUCUGUUCUGAGCGUUGUCAUUGGUGGAUUAUUUUUGUUAGCCAAUUACAAUGCACGUAAAAGAACAGGAAGUUAGGAACUUGUAACAGGAAGUGAAGAACUUCUAACAGGAAUUGAGGAAAAUUUAAUGGCUUUUAGGAACAUUGCAAAUUCCCUCAAGGGAUUUGCAAGGGGGUUUUUCAUAUUUGCAAAGGUAAUGCGGAAAAUUGCAAUCAACUAAAAAAGGAACGCUUGACGUAGUGUACCUGUAAAAGUCAAAAAGUUUAAACGUUUUAAGUUAAAACUCGUACGUUCUAACUCGUAGUUUCAGGUUACUGAGUGAAUACCUUUCAGAAACAUGGUACUUGGUCAAAAACAAAGAGGUACCAGACCGUAUUAUUGGCGUACCGAAUUAUCGCACCCUGGCUCAGCGAUAUAGAUUGCCAACAUAUUUUAACCCGCUGCAAAUCUCCAAUAAUGGCAAAAACACUGGGCGUGGGAGAAGUUGAAAAUUGCUGUUUUUGAAUAGAUAUAGUCCACUAUAAUUUUUGCCAGGAUUCUUAAAACAUUGCAAAUGUGCUUAAAGAAUAACUUGUUUUGGCUUUAGUGCUUGUAAUAUCGUUGUUACAGCUUUGUUACACAUUUUGUCAGCUAUAGAAGACUUGUACUUUCAUUUAAAGAUAUACAGUAUAUGUGAAGUGUGAACUUAUAUUACUGGAUAAAUGUUUGUUGUUUAGUUCAAUAAAAACGCACACUAUUUAAAGAAUUGUUGGGAUCAUUUGGUUCAAGCAACAGAGAGAAACAAGAAGGUACGGCUAGAUAAGGUCUUGGAUGUGUUUAUAUAACCAUUGCUACAAUCACAUUGGUUCACAAUUUUGCCAUAUUUUAUGCCGUAAAUGCUCUAUUAAGCCUCUGGGGUGCUUAUUUAUUUUAGCCACUUUAGGGGGAGUGCUUAUUGGGGGAAGUGCGGUUUACUAAGGUGAAUUUCAAGGCUCAUGAUUCAUAGGUUUAAUCAUGUUCUUAAUUAUUUGUGGAUUGGGGCUCAAUAGAGAGGCUUAGAAUUUCGUCCCUCUAAAUAGGGGAAGGAGAUAAUUGGAGAAAGAGGGGGGGGGCUUAAUACAGGAUUUACGGUAUAUGUUAGUGUUUGAGAUUAGGUGAGAGAUUUGGAUAAGAGACACUUCAUUAGGGUAAUUCUAUUUAAAUUUGUGGAAACUGAGUGCAAGUAAAUUCAAUAUAUGCAUGAUAUGUUUAUGAUUUAUGGAAUGUUUAAAAGAUGCAAUAAUUAAAUUUUAGACAAAUUUUACAAUGGGUUAUUUUCAGAUUCUGAAAGCUGCUAUUAAGAGUGACUCUGUUGACGGGAAAAAUGUCGCUAACGUUGAUAAAGGUUUUAAGCUGGCGUUUCAAACCCUCGAGGUAAGGUUCCAACAUUUUAAUGGCGCUGUUUUCCAGUUCCCGCGUGUGGUGCAUUUCGGGUUCGACAAGGGAAGACAGCGAACAUCUAGAUAUUGACACAUACUGUUUUGGUCCGAUUUAUACACAGUGCAUGUAUAUCCAAAAAAGGUAAUCCAACCCUGACAGGUUAUCGUAUGUAUUACGUUUAUACGUUUUCUGUUUUCGUAUUUGUAAAGAUCGGGCUUUUAGCUGUCAAACGAUACCUUUAUGCAUAGUUAAUAUGCUUUAUGGAAUCUUUCCGAUGAAAAAUGACCAAAUACGAUCUGAUUUAAAGUGGUCGGUUGAAAUAGCAUUUUUCCACCUUUAGGAUUUAAAUUCUUCCCAUUCCGAUUCUUCCAAGUUCCAAUUUCUCGAACAUUUGCCCAAAUGCCUGUUGCCCAUUUGGGAAACGUAUGGCAUCGCCAGUUCUGUAAAAUAUUUUAACCACUCAAUUUCGUUGCAAAAUUGCGAGUGGCAAUUUAGUAAAACUUGAUGCUUACACAUGCGUUGCGCCAUCUGUAUUCAAGCGACGUAAAUUUGAAUCCCAAGUGAGAUUUCUAUACUCAGAGAUAAGAGGUUUACGUGCAAUUCCCAACGGUAGAAAAAUGUGAUUUCGAGUGGCAUUUUUAACUCGGAGCGUAUUUGGUUGUUUUAGAUCGCAAUGAUACAGGAAAGGUAUCAUUCGACAGGUAAAAGCCUGAUGUUUAUUGGCAUGAAAAAAGUAGAUAAACGUAAUAUAUUUACCUUUUUUGAUACACCCUGUACAGUCACGCGGAGGUUAGUCUGGAUGAACUUGAGUAAAGAUUUUAGUAAGGGUAGUUGGUUCGUCUGUCUAUAAAUACGACAGACACGCGGGCCAUAUCCACUGGGCUUUUCAGCCCGCGAACGCCUGCUUUGCAGGCUAACUCUUUACAAACGUCCCGGAUAUGUCUAUGAAUGAGGACUUUGGAUGAGCCCCAAUACCUCAUCACUUGUUGUUAGCGAAUAUUUUUAACAAAAUCAAGGAUAAAUUCAUGUCUCGCUGUUCAUGAGUUAGGGUCAGCGGUUAGGGUUAGAGUCAGGGUAAGGAUAAUAGGGCUCAGCAUUCAUAAACAGCGAGACAUGAAUUUAUAACCAAAAUCAAGAUUGCGUGGUUUGUUCCGGGACCCUUAUCGCGGUAUUGAUCGCGCUGUUGUAACUAGCUCGCUUCAAUAGUUGUCUCUUCUAAGGCAGAUGAUCCAUCAGACCAAUGAUGCUCGUUGACGGAUGAUCCUUCAAAUCUAUAAAUCGAACUAGUCACAUAAAAGUUUAUUUUUUAUAAUAUAUCUUUUUCUUCAGAACGCACGUAAACCGAACACAGAAAACAGAACCUCCAAAUGCACUCAGACCAUUGCAUUCUUCAGUGAUGGCGUUGAAGGUGACACAGUUGCUGAAGAUGUUUUUAAGCAGUAUAAUGGUAACAAGGAAGUAAGCACACGUUUUAUUGUUGUUAGAUGGACAACCUGACUAACUGCAAUAUCUUGUUUUACGAUGAGUGGCCGUGUUCAGUCAGCUAACUAUAGUUUUUCUUACUGGAAUUAUCUACUUAAGGUUCGAGUAUUCACUUACUUGGUUGGACGUGAAAAUGGAAGUCCUUUUGAGGCACUAAAGUGGAUUGCGUGUAAUAACAGAGGUAAGUAUAAAACCCCAGCCUCUGCUAGAGAGCAAGUUAGCCUUGUGGAAUCAGCGAAUUAUUAGAAUAAGAUAUAGUUUACGUCUUGUUUCUGGUGUUGUGCACUCAGGUAAAUAUAUCAUUAUCAGGGUGCGAUAAUUUACGUACCAGAUGUGCACGCCAAUAUAGAGGUUCAGAUUUGACUACCGCUACCAUUAAGGGACCAUCAGCCAAUCAGAUGCGUUUGAUAUAUUCGAGUAACCAAUCAUAACUCAAAUCUGAAGCUCUAUAAUAUUACGGUCUGGUACUUCUUUGAUUUUAGCCACGUACCACGUAGGUACGCGGAACUCUUGCUAUCUGCAUACUUAUUUUUUGUUAGUACCAUAUGACUUUCCAAGCUUAAGUUAUUCAAAACCAUAAUUUAUUCGGAAUAUGUGCAAGUCUGACAGGACUGAUGUGAUCAAAUGGGACUAAGAAAUUGGAGUCGAUUGUGGUGUUUACAUGUGUAUCCAAUUGUACUACUUAAUCUAUAACUUUAGUUUUAGCUUACUUUCAGAAACCUGUACUUUAUGUACUUCUUAAGUACACCUUGAGUCUUAUUAAGUUUGUACGAGGCAUGACCUUGGACGUGUAUUUUUUAAUGUGGACGGGCAAACAAAUGUUAAAACUCCAGUAUCUUGUCUUUAGUAAUUAAUACAACCGCACAAUCUUUUGUUAUAACAUUACAUUCAACAGUCACUGCAUAUCCCUGCACAUGAGACCACAAGCAAACAAGUUACAAAUCCCUAUAUGUAACAAAAACUUCAGCGAUUAUGUUAGUGAGGUCAAACAUGCUGUUCUUCAGUUUUAGUGCAGUUUUACACGUGUUCUUUUGACUGCUAAGAAUCACGUUUUUAGAAGAUGAAGAUUUUAGAAACGCAAUAUUUUUUUUUUUUGGGGGGUGGGUGGGCAGAACUGAUCUAGCACUUUUGGACUUUUGGAGGGGGGGCAGGACUGGUCUAGCACUUUUAGACUGCUAGUCCUGCCUAGGUCCCUGGUACGAGGCAAUAAUCAUUGGAAUACCAGUCAAUACCACCCUGAAGUUAUAUGUUUGUGAUGUUGCUGCACCAGCACAUGAGUGUGUCAACACCGCGGUGGACACACUCGAGUAACAUCACAAACAUCACAAACAUAUAGUGAACGUGUUUGAUCCUCUUUUCAGGAUUUUUUUACAGAAUUGAGACGUUAAGUGAUGUUCGUCAAACCAUGGUGGUAAGUAAAUAUAUACUACAUAACACCAGACAGUUUUGCUCGUCCGCGUGGGAAUUAAGGCCUAAUAUAUUUAAGGUUAAUCCGCCAACGCCCAUGCAGGUGGUAUUACGUCUGCCUGCCUGAGUACUUAAUAUUGGGUAAAUGUAGAGUACUUUAUAUCUAUAACAUGCAUAUAUCUAUAACAAUAAUAACAUAUAUAUAACGAUAUACCUCUGGCCGGACUUGAUUAUUUCUUGACUUAUAGGGAAAUGGCAAUAUAAAUUUUUAUUUUCUCAUUUGAAAGAACUUUUGAAACUAUGUAUUAACUUCUUUUACCGAUUUUACGUAUCUUGCUUGGUUCUUGAAAUAUUUUCACUUGAAGUAAUGAGAUGUCCGCCAUCUUGGAAACAUUUUUUAUCUCAUUAACGGUUUUGGUGACGUCACAACAGGGAUUAACCAUUUAAAAGUAUUCGUUUCUCUCCAAAUAUUGAUUGGUAGAUGUUUUAAAGGUUUUGAGUGAUCUUGAUAUUUCGAAGGGCAGACAGAGUAUAGUUUUGAGUGCAAAAUGAUUAGUGUUUGUCUAGAUAAGAAUAUUGCGUGUGUUGUGUUGUGUUGUGUUGUGUUGUGUUGUGUUGUGUUGUGUUGUGUUGUGUUGUGUUGUGUUGUGACAUGCAUAUCUACAAAAUCCUUUCAAUCAAAAUAUUUGUGGAAGUAAGCAUGCAAGAUAUGAAAAGACCGGGAAAAGAAUAUUAUAUAUAGUCUUAAAGUUCUUUCAAAUGAGAAAGUAAAAAAAAUAUAUUGCCAUUUCCCUUUAAUAAAAGUUAACCCAUACAUUGGACCCGACUGCAUUUUUCUUUCAGUAGUAUCUAUAGUGAAUGACAUUUGAUUUCUUUUUAGAAAUAUCUCACUGUUUUAAGUCGUUCAAGAAGUAGCAAACCUAAGUGGACACCACUUUAUUUGGACGCGCUGGUUUGUUGACAUUACAAUUUCCAUUUUGACUAUCCCAAACCUGAAUGAUACUUACCUAUGUUUAACACAUCUGCAAUUUCUAAUUUUUGUGAAAAGGCUGUAGUGGUAUUCCUACGUUUUGGUGUGGUAGUAUACUAUCAAGUGUUUUCAACAUGUUCUUAAAAUUCGGGCAGAUUUAUCAGAAAAUAUGUUAAAUCCUGGUUGUUUCAUUACAAUUCUCCACAAAAAUUCGGACAAACUUUCAACUGCGACAAGCAUCAGCCUCCGUACGCCUAUGUCAGACUGCAUUGACAUAAGUGUUGGUUGUUAUUCAACUAGUAAUUAUUUAUACAUUUUAUAACAAUUACAUGGUGUGUAACAGUAUUUGUUAUUUUUGUUAAUAGGGACUUGGUAUGACAUCUGCUCUUGUAGUUCCUAUCUUCGAUAAGACAAACAACAAGGUAAUAUGGACUCGCAUAUUCUGGUGGUUUUAAAACACGGUUCAAUCAAGCUUUUUCAGGCGAUCCGUAUACGUGGCAAGCCAAUGGAGAGGUUCAGAUUUUACUACCCCUACCACUACCUUUCACUGGCUUAGGACACAUCUGAUUGGUUAAUCGGAUAUAUUAAACGCAUCUGAUUGGUUAAUGGUCCCUUAAUGGGGCAAAGUCAAAUCUGAACCUCGCUAAAAAUGCUAUUGGGUACAACAUCUAUAACAAUUCCAAUAGCUAACUUACUAUAAUAGGUUUGUAAUUUCACGCAUGUAAAAUGACCCUUAACCUACCAUAACCCGUGCAAUUCCGGGAAAUUAUUGAACACAAGUAUUUUACUAGGUUACGGAUGGAGUGGGUUUUUUCUUUCUUUCUUGGGUUAACCCAGGUUAACCCCCCAUGUUUCGCGCACAAAUAGGGUUUGUGUAGGGUUAGAGUUGUGACUAUAGGGUUAGUUUAUGGGUGAAUAUCGAGAUUUUUGGACAUCUGAUUCGAACGCAAAUUUAUAUACAUUCUCCUGCUAUUCCGCGGUAAAAGCAUGUAUUUAAAUUUGCGUUCGAAAACUACAAAAGCUAGUUCCUUCGAACGAGAUGCAAAAAUAUAUCGAUAUUUACCUACAUGAUACAGCAAUUUCAAAAUAUACCUUCCAUAUCGGAGGACACGUGGUCACUAGACUCACUACAAUGUAUUGAUACAUGUUUUUUAUUUGUCGUAUGAUUUGUUUUUAGAAACAACUUGGUGUGCUUGGCUCUGAUGUUCGCUUGGACGAAAUUCUAUCUAACUUUCCUGAGCCACAUGUGAGAAUUUCUCAAUCUUUAUAUUAUUGUAAAUGUUGCUUCGCUUUUUGUAAGUAACUUUAUAAGACUUUCCCUUGAAGUUUUUGAAAAAGUUGUACUUCCCGUUCAUAAACCAACCAAGUAGCUAACAAUGUUAUGGUUUUACAGCUUGACAAAAACAAUUUGGCAUGUUUAUGACUGUUUUUAAUAAAAAGGAUUGGUGUCACACCAUAUCACGGGCUUUUGUUAUUGCUUUAUUAUUUGUUAUUGUUAUACCCAAAAUCAACAAAUAACGACGUAUUUUUACGAUAAAAAAUACCUUGUCUGGUACAUUUCCAAUACGAAUCAGAUAAAAGAAUCAUGGAUUUCUAAAGAAUAUAGUUUAAAUAUACGACGGAUUACAAAAAUGUAUUCAGAUCUACUUGAGCUACUCGGCAUAGACUGUGCAUAUCACCAUCGAACAUGCUGCAGCCUGCAGCAGGGGUCUGGGGGCACAGUUGCUAAUGAGGGUAAAAAAUCCUUAUUUCAAUCAUAUUACUGUCAUUUAUUAUAUAAAGUAUAGUGCUUUAUAGAGAUUCCGAGCACUGAUAAAACUGAUAAUCUCACAUGUGAGAUAUUUAUGAUAAUUUCACAUGUGAAAAUUAUCGCUUUUCAAUUAGCGCUUUUCUGUAAAAAUUAUCGCUUUUCAAAGACUGUCCUUUAUAUAAUAAACAGAAAAAUACAUGGAUGCUUGGAAAUACCAGAUUAUAUCUCGUGUUGAACAUGAUAUCUCACUCGUUCGCUGCUCCCACUCUUGAGAUAUCAUGUUCAACACUCGAAAUAAAUCUGGUAUUUCCGCGCACCCAUGUAUUAUUCUCUAUUUAAAUUUCGGGGAGAGGGCGUGCAAAUUUCUCUAGGUGGGGUAGGAAAACGUUCUGGGGGUAAGCAAAAUAUAUGUUAUGCCUAUGCCGCUCGGCCCGUAUGAUAGGCGCCAGCUGGAAGUUGAGCCCGCAAUAGCAUGGUGUGACACUAAUCCUUUAAUACUAAAAUGAUGAAGAAAUUUGGUUAUGGAUUCAUGUCUCGCUAUUUAUGAAUGCUAACUCUAACCGCCGAUCCUAACGCAUAAACAGCGCGACAUGAAUGUAUAUCCAGAAAUUUAACGUUCUACCGGACGUAACUUCUUAUUCUCUUAUAGUAUCACGUACAUGUUACAUGAUGUUUCAGUAAAUGGGUGAACGCAUCCUAUUCAUCGUUAAAGUGUAUUUCUGUUAACUAAGAUUAUUUGUUUUUGUGUAGCUGGGAUCUGGUGGAUAUCCGUUUAUAAUAACAAACAACGGAUUAGUUUUCUACCAUCCAUUGUUGAAAACAGAGGUGGGGUAUACGCUGUAAAGAGUACAGAAUACUCGAAAGUCACUUUUAGACAACUUACUACCAUUUCACUCAGUGUAAUCACCCCAGUCACAGAAAAGAGACAUACAGAAGGUCGACUCAGCCAAAAAGCGUAACCACUAUGACUAUGAUUCCCAUUGAUUUGAUUCGUCAUCAAAAUGCUGUCGCCAUGUUCCUAGCCAAUGCGGUUCUAAGAGUCAUUCUUCUCCCCCCUCAACGCCCGCCAUUUUGAAUCUCUUUUGGUUAGGCUCAGUAAUUUUCAUACCCCCAGAAAACGUACAUUUAAUUGAAAACAAAUAUUACCUUGAAAUAUUUAUAAACCCCAGCAUUAUAUAAAUUUAAAAAGCAAUAAUGUUUCUUUCAUUUCAAUUUUUUCCCAUUGCUUAACAAUAUUUCUUAGUAGAAAAUAUUUAAUUCUUACGAUGUGUUCUCAAUCAUGUAAAGCAAUGUUUUCAUUUUAGUGUGUCAUCACAGUUUCUUGUUUAUUUAGGAGGGAGCAGGCUUGAAGCAUCCAGCCAAUGUUUAUAUAUCUGAGCUCUUACAUCACUUUGAUAACCCAGACAAGACUGAGACGGUAAUUGCACAACUCUUAUUUAAUCAAGUAUUAACAGCAAUGUAACCUUACUCAUGCGCAGGUUUAAUUUGCCUGGUUGCGUGAUUUUCGCACGGAACAUAUAAUAUUCUCGGGUUUCAUAUGACGUCACGUGGGGGUCGAGGAUCUGUGUCAAGGACAACUUUUAUAUUGUUCGUAUUGGUUUAUAUGGACUUUUAAUAAUAGUCGCAGAGCUCAUUUACAUAAGAUGCGUUGACACCCAUUUCGUUUCUUUGUUGUUUUAGUUGACCUCAAUUCAAUGAUUAACUUGAGUGAAAUUGUGAGUCGCAUGAAAUGAAAAAUCCCAAGCGAUUUUAUGCACUCAUAGCUCAUUGUCGAACAAUGGGAUUCGUUGAAGAGUUACGAGAAUUGUUGACUCUGACGAAAGGUUUUUCACCCAGCGUCCAAAUUCUUGUUUCAGUGGUAUUUUUCAAGCCGACAGAAACAUCUGGAAUGCUUCUACAGUGUAUUUUUCCUCUAUGCAGUUCAACAUGAAAACAUUUAUUAUUAUUAUAGCUUGCGAAAGAUAUGAUAAACGGAGAAGUGAAGGAACCAUCAUUUGCAGACAAAGAUUUUCAAGAGUUUUUAGUCCUUGCCAAAUACAAUAAUAAGGUAAAGAAUAAGUUGUAAUGUAAUUUUAGAUAUUUUAUAUUUUACGGCGUAUUUUAACGCACUUAUUAGAAUGGACAACUUGCAUGUUAGACUAAAUUUUAAUCUAAGUAAAGAGAAGGGAAUCAAACACAGCUGAAAAGAACAUAAUGAAAUUAGUAAAUUUGCAAAAUUUGGUUGCGAAAUGUUGCAAAGCUUGGAAAAUAUAGUCUUGCAAAGUUUGCAAAUUUUGUAUAUGUUUGUAUUAUGUGCGGAAAUUGUUACCAUUUUCGGCUCAAAAAUGGUAACAAUUUCCGCACGUAAUACAAGCAUAUACAAAAUAUACAAACUUUGCAAGGCUAUAUUUUCCGUAUUUUACAACAUUUCGUAAUCAAAUAUUGCAAUUUUCUAAUUUUAAUAAGUUCUUUACGGGAAUUCACUUUUUCUUGCCUAGAUCAAAAAUUAGUCUAACAUGCAAGUUGUCUAUUUUACGAUUAGACGCCGCGUUGUUGCUGGAGGUGCAGUGGAUCAGUGCAACUCAUGAGUGCAUGUUUUUCCAAAUUGCUCAAGAAAAUAAAAUAUCACUUAAUAGUUUUAAUUGUUUGUGGAAACACCACGUAAAUUUAUUACUGCAAAGAUUUCGAUCCGUAAGCCCGGAUCUUCAGAAUCAAAGCUUUGCAGUAAUAAAUUUACGUGGUGUUUUCACAAACAAAACUAUUAUAUUUUAUCGCCAUGCAAACAUACAAAGAACUUAAAAUAUCACUUGUUAAUAAUAUAUACAUGAAGACAGUAUGCAUAAGCAAACUCGUUAUAGUCACUUGCGUGCAUGAAACACAUGCGAAAUUGAAAUAUUAAGUUACUCACUCAUUUGAAUGCCACAACAACUUUAAAACAAGUUUCAACUAUCAGAAGUCAAAACUUGUGUUAAAAUGUCUUCUGUUUGAACGCUUGCCAGGUAUUUCUUUUUGGGCACAAUUGCACUGCUCUUAGCCAAUCACAAUUGGGUAAUUUAGUUGUCAUGCCUAUUAUUAGGUCAUACAGUGCAUUAUAGCAUCGGGAAAAAAGAAGUUAGUUUCAGAAUAUUAUGACGAAAUUAUAGACCCAGACAUAAAUAGAAUGUGUGCAGUGCGCGUGCGCGUCAACCGCGAAGUUCCAAAGUUCGUUUUGUUAAACUUUCUUUAUUAAACAUUUACGGCGUUCCAUUUAUCCAGUUUUGUUUUCAAAGUUCACUCCAAUAACCGGUGAAUUAUUCAUACUUUGACACUUAUGUAUACUAUUAACAAAACAUUUAUUUACCGAGAACUCGCGGGAAAGCAGUGUGUUUUGUGGCCCCUCGACCCGACAUUGUUGCCCUCGGCUUUGCCUCGGGCAACAACGGGUCCACAAAACACACUGUUUCCCUCGGUCUCAGUAAAUAAGUGAUAAUUAUAUCGAGUGAGACACCCAAAUUCAUGAUAUUUAGUCUAGAUGUCAUUGCUGAUCAUGGGAAGAGCUAACUGUGCUAUCAAAUCUUUUGGACCAAUGAGAUGGACACGUUUUUUAUUCAGUUAUUUUUUCUUUAGUUUCGUAUUGUGAAGAGAAAGCUUUCGUAUUCUUACAAGAAAAUCAGUAGUGAUACUUCGUUCAGGUAUAGUUGGUCACGUCAAUAUUUACCCGCACAUAUAUUAUAACGGAAAGUUUCGACAUGUUCUAGAACUAAUAUAGUUCUCUGACUCCGAAGGUUUUUAUAUUUUUAUUUUUGAAGACGCGCACUCGAAUUAAUUACAUGCAUGCAUGUAUACAGUAUUGGUCAAGGAAGCAUGCUAGUCGCUCCUCUAUGCAAUUACUCUUAAAUGUUUAUAUAAGAAAUACCAGCGAUGCUGAACUAUGCAUCAUUUGCACAUUAUUACACACUACAUAUAUAUCUACAAGCUUUCGUUGGCAUAGGGAUGCAACUACCUGAAAAUAUUAGGAGAAUUUCAAUUCAUUGAAUUUCUUCUUAUAUUUUUCAGAUACAUCCCUACCAACGACAGCUUGUUUAUAUAAUUGGCACUACCUACACUGGCACACACACUUCAAGAUCACAUAUUAUAUAUCUGACUUUUUAUAGCAACAUUCAACGUGCAUUGUAUAUUCGAAACAUUCCUAAUUUUUCACUUUUCUCUAUUUUUUACCUAUCUCUAUUUUUUACCUGUCUCCUCCAUUAUUCAACAUGUACAAUCGUUUAUAACAUGCACUCCAAGUUCCAAUGAAUACAGCUGAUUCCAUUAAGGUUGUCCUUCCAAGACCUUAAACCUUAAACUCAUAGCGCGCAAGGGAUGAUGGGUUUUCACCUAUUCGGUUAAACUCAGAAAAUUGCCUUUGCAGCAAGUAUGUUUUCUGUCGUGAAUCUUCUAUAUGUCUUAUAUGUAUUCUUGCAAAGCCAAAUUUCAAAGUUUUUGAGUUUAAAUAAGCAAUAACCCAUCAUCCCUCGCGCACUCAGAGUUUAAGGUGUAUGUUUUUGGAAGGACAACCUUAAUUGAAUUAGCUGUAAAUGUCCAGGCCAUCUCAGGAUAAAAGCGUAUGUAUAAGGUUUUUGUUAAGAUAGCCGCGGGUUGAUAAGGAUACCAAUACCUUAAAAAUACAAGCACAACUUCAGUGUUAUAUAAGCGCGCAAUUCUUUAUGCACUGGAAUCUAGGCAUUUCAUUCCUACUUCUUGCAAAGCUGUCUGUAUUAGGAAGCAACUCGCAUUUAGUUUUCAAGCAUAAAAAGAUAGAUAGAUUGUUUAGAUAGAUAGAUUAUUUAAUAAGAUUUUACAUCGCAGCCCAAAGUAGCUGAAUUAGCCUUUCUCACGAUGACGAAUGUCCGCCAUUUUUGGGUGGCAUCCAAUUCUCGUUAACCAAUGCAGACAAUUAAAACAAUGUGAAAAGCAAUUUUUCAAAAUAAAUUAACCAUUUACAAAGCAAAUUUACCAUCAUUUGUCCAAAGAAUUAUAAAAAGUCGCUGUUAUGUGGACUUAUCUCGCAGACUUCGGCUGAAAUGCCACCCAAAAAUGGCGGCGUGAGAAAAGCUAAUUGCGUAAAAUUUACAAAACAUGUAAAUUAACUCAUUUAUCUGUAGGUUAUAAAGUCUAUAAAUACAUACAUAAACACACAUACAAAUACUAACAGUACACAUAUAUACAUACGUACAUUACGAUCUUUAAGGUUCAAAUUAGACUUAUUUCUAAAACGAUUGGUUUAAGAGUUUCUAAAACGAUUGGUUCGUAUAGUAGGACAAUCAAAUAGGAUAGUAUAUAGAUAUAGUAGUACAAUCAAAUAGGAUAGUAUAUAGAUAUAGUAGGACAAUCAUACACGUUCUCUCCUCAGGUUGUAAGUCGGAUUGUGUUUGGGUGGCAGUAGUUGAUAAAGCUUGUGAUCUGAGUUGGAUACUAUUGUCUUGAAAAGUUUCUCACACAGUUUCUGACGCCUGCAGUCUUGAGAGAACUAACAUUAUGCGUGUUCGUAUAAGAUGACCCAGGAGAUAUAAUUGAAAGCGCUCGCUUUUGAAUGCGUUCAAGAUCGCUACAUAAAUAUACAGGUAAUGAGUGGUGGAAUACAGGUGCACAAUACUCGAGAACUGGUCGGAUGCAGGAUUGCAGGUACAAUAUAAUUUUAGGAUAUGGUCAGCAAGAAUGCUUGCACGCCUAAGCAAAAUUAGGAAAUACAAACGUUUGUUAGCUUUCUUCACGACAGAGUUGACAUGGUCAAUCCAUUCCAGUGAGUUAGACACAAUGACACCCAAUAUCUUGGCACUGCUGACUAGCUCGAGUUCUUUGGAAUUGAUGAUGAUGGUCUUAAGCUGAUGUUUCACUUUCUUAAAGUCUUCGUUCAACUGGAGCUUGUUGUUUUUACUCCAUUUCUCUACAUCAGACACUGCACUCUGCACUUGGCUUUGGCUAUUUCUUGGGACAACCUUGGCUAAUGUCGUGUCGUCUACGUACUUCCACGAGUGCUCUUCGUAUGGUUUAAGGUCAUUGAUCAUCAGAAGAAGUAACCAUGGUCCUAAUUUCGCACCCUGUGGAACUCCAGAUGGAACUGCACCCCAUUCGGAGAAGCAGUCAUUGAAACUGCUUCCACGAACUACACCACGUGGAACAUUCAGGGACAGGAUCUUUUUAACUAGGAUCGGGUGAUCGAUGAGAUCAAAUGCUUUCCUGUAGUCUAGCAACACCAUCCUUACCGCUGCACCUGUCCCGUCAGUGGCAGAAGCCCAUGUAUGAAUCAUGGAAAUAAGGGCAUGCGUGGUAGAUGAUUUUGGGAUAGCGCCAUAUUGGUUGGGAUCAAUGAUCUCAAGGACGGCAGGGCCAAUAUAAUAUCUUACGAUAAACUGAUAAAGUCCUCAGCUAGUUUUGAUAGAGACGGAGUUAGCGUGAUAGGUCUGAUGUGCGUGGUAAUUACAGUCAAAGGUUUCGUCUUUGGUAGUGGUGUUACAUUGGCGUACGUUGUUUGGCAAAUGAGCUGUUCAGGAUAACAAAGACUGGGUUCACGAGAAACUCGACAUAAUCUUUAAGGAGCCAGUUCGGUACUCCUUCUGGACCAGAGGCUUUUCGAGGGUUUAACCUUACUAAUGCUGAGUAAACUGAAGACUCAUCAAGCGUUAGAACUUCCGAAUCAUCAACAGGAGGAAUACUGUCAAGUGAUUGAUAUUCCUUCAUCGGUUCUAGAAGGGCUGUGUUUGUAAGGUCGGCAAUAUCCUUAUUUGACUUUCCAUCAAGUCCAUCGACAUGAAGUUGGGCGCGAAUAUCCUCGGUUGGCGUCGCUGGGAUCAUUAAUAGCGGGCUUAAGCAAGUUGACGUCAUCAACCAAUCAACAUUCUUGACCCAGUCUUUUAACGUUACUCAUGCCGUUCGUGUUGUCGAGAACGUCACUUGCUUAAGCUCGCUAAUCUCGUUCCACCACUGACUUGGCUUAACAUUCAUGAGGUUCGCAACCCUCGAGGUGUAAUAUCUGCUCCGGAGCACUUUGCGUUCACGAUUAACGACGUUGCGAAGUUGGCGGAUCGUUCUUGUUCUCCUUGUGUGUAGGUUUUCUGGCGUAACUUGAUCAGCUUUUUUAAAUUCGGGAGUUACCCAGGGAGGAUCGUUAACAUGUAAUUUAAAAGACUUGAGUGGCAUGAUAGUAUCUACGCCAAUUUUAACACGGUCAAGAAACAGUGUUAGUUUGUCAUCGCAUUUAUUAACAAAAUUGAGAACGGACCAGUCGAUAGAGCUCAGAUAUCUUCCAAGUUCUUGUCUUCGAAAUAAAUCUUGGGUGUGACGUUUCCCUGUAAAAUAUCAUGGAAAAACUCGAUAGUUUUUUCAACUGAGAGCCUUAUAACAUUUCGGAAUCAUCUUCGCAUAAUAUAAAAAAGAAAACAACUUUAUACAAACACCAGUCUAUACAUUCGUAAUGCCAUACCUGUUCUAUACAUUUAUAUUAUUACGGCUUCCUUGCAUUUAAAACACUCAAAUUUCAAGAAAAACGCGCUAAAAUUGUCGAUAUUUCAUGCAAAAGGAGCUGUUUUGAAAAACGUUGGAAAUUUUGAAGUUCAUAUUUAAAAAAAACAAACAUGUUAGCAGAAGAUGACAUAUUCCUCGCGAAAGCAUCGCCAAUAGUACCCUGGGUGCCAGAGCCUCUUCGGAUAGAAGUGAGGAUACGACGAGGAGGCUCUGGUCACACGAGUAUCCAGCCUCACUUUGGUGAGUUCAAUAUUUGAACUCUGUUUGUGAUUGGUUUAAAUUUAUGUGAGUCUUUUCAUUGGUUAACCGACGCUCAUCGGUUAACCAAUGAAAAGACUCACAUAAAUUUAGACCAAUCACAUACAGAGUUCAAAUAUUGAACUCGCCAAAGUGAGGCUGGAUGCUCGUGUGACCAGAGCCUUCUCGUCGUGUCCUUUAUCACAGGAGGCUCUGGCACCCAGGGUACGCCAAUAGCCGACUCCAGAGAAACGUCCAUCUGACGUUUCUCAUGGACAUUUGAGGCUUCCCUAGAUCGAAACAAAUGUAUAAAAUUUACACUUCAACAUUUGUUCAAUUGAGUGCCGAAAAUAAUCAUAAUAGCAGUUUUUAUGCCUCGUGUCGUUUGUGAAAGUCACCUGGAAUCGACAGGGAGUCAGACAGUUAUUUCGAACCCUGCAUAUAUAGGGGGAAAUGUCAGUAACGCUGAUGUCCUCUUUUACAACUUUUUUCACAUGUUCACGUGUCUUUCUGUAGUGUUGGCACAGCUGUGACUGAUUAUGGGUCAAAGUUAAUUGAUGAAAGCGUUGGUGAUGGUGGUAAGUUUUUAAAACAUGAGCAGCCGAUCUGUAUCUGACAUACAAACACGAACCGAAGGCGAGAUUUGUAGAUCAGAUAAAGAUCGGAUGCGAAUGUUUUAUCGUACUUAAUAAAAAAUGACCCAUCUUACGAGUUCAUUGGCGAAGUAAUUUUAAAAAUAAACAUUGUCUAAGCCGAGAAAAUCAAAGCUGAAGUUUAUGUAAAUCAGGACAAAUCUUUACUUUAUCCAAUUCACAAACAUUGAUUAAACAUUGAAUUAAUUUUCUUUAAAGUACUGUUUAAUAGACGAGCAGGACUGUUUUAUUAGGUUUAAAAGCACGAGCGCACAGCGCGAGUGGCUCUAGACCUAAUAAAACACGAGCUGCGAGUUUAUUAAACGGCUUCAAACACGACUACAAAUUCAAUAGAUAUAUUGCCUUAUUAGUGUUCUUUAUAUAAAAAAAUACUAAUGAGGACACGACUACAAUAGAUACUGCCUUAUUAGUAUUCUUUAUAUAAAGAAUACUAAUUCGGAGUGUUUUAUCAGGUUUAAAGCCACUGCACGUGACAUAUUAUGGUUGACAUGAUUUGCCAAUAAGCUUAUGAAUUAUUAAUGAGUGUCUGAAGUACUAGUUAAAACACUCGCAGUCCGUGCUUUAUGAGAUAUACUCGAGCUCCGCUCUCGUGUUUUAUAUCUGAUAAAGCACACCUGCUCGUGUUUUAAAUGGCUUAAAAACGAUCCAUCUGAUGAGUUCAUUGGCGAAGUUGUUUUAAAAAUAAACGUUGACUAAGCCGAGAAAAUCAAAGCUAAAGUUUAUGUAAAUGAACAUGACUUUUUAUCACAUAUGAAACCACCAACAUGGUAGUGAUUUCUUUGUCUUUUCCUCAUGAAUUAUUGAGUUUUUAAACUUUUAUUACUAUUGCUCGCCCUCUUCAAGGACGUGCAGUAGCGAGGCCCUGUUAUGGCUUAACGAUUAUGUAUUAUUUUGGAGUUUAAAAGAACGAAAACUAUUUUUUGCGGGGAUAUGAAUCGAGGGGAAAAGGGACGCUUUUUCGUGAUAGACAGGUGUGUUUUUCAUGAGCCGUACUUAAUUAACUGCGCUUCAACCCUUCGAGUCCUGGGGCGAGUGACGUUCAUAACUACAAGUAUUGCGGUCCUUUUGAAUUAUAAUCUCAUACGAUUUCGUACUUCUCGUGAUCAAACAGCUUUUUUUAACCCCCCCCCCCCCUCCUUAAAAACUUGCAAACUAAGCUUGACGCCAGUUUGCGAAGAGCACAACAAGAAGAAAAUUGUUGCGUAAUGUCGUGAUGGCCACUUAAUGAGAAGAACUGCCAUGCCUUACUUUAAUACACAUUGAAUGCAUUUUGUUUCCCUUUACAUUUGAUACUGGCAGCCAUGUUCUCAAAUGAUUCCCACGUGGUGCUAAUUUUUCCGCACGCGCGGAGGAACAAGAACAAUAAAAAAUAUGCAAACUUACUAUUAUCAUAACCUAUGCAUUUGGUACGGCUCAUGAUCAGCACGGCUGUAUUGAUCAACCCUUAUACACGUAUGCACAGUAAACUGACAUGGUAAACAAAAGCUCAUGAAAAUAGUUAAGACUUAGAGUUUGUUUGUUUCUUUGUUUGUCUAGCAAUAACAGCAGCGUUAAAACAAUUAAAGGAGCGAAAUGUCAACAUCUCGAUAGCAAAAAAAUGGUGAGUAUUGUCAAAUGGUUCAUGUGAUGUUGAGAUAACUGCAGAUUGCGAGAGAUGCGACUAUACCUGGAAAAUAGAAGCAGAACAUCCACGUUUCGAGCGACGUUUCCAAUUUCCAUAUUAUGUCCUGAAUUUUACAAUCAGUGAUUUGUACCUUAAACCAUAGCCUAUCGAAGGGAAGAUGGCUGCGAAACUCAUUAGAAUAACAAUAUAACUCAUUAUCUAGAUAUAUUAGUCAACGUUUAUUCAUAAAUCUGGUCCUUCGCCGUCACGUGUGUAUUGUAUUUUUGCCAAAUCCACCAAUAGCAAUUUCCAAUUUCCCUAUUGUUCGAGACAGGAUAGGUAACUUUCCUAAAACAUUGCUAUUGGUUAGUUGGGCAAAAAUACAAUGCACACGUGACGGUGAAGGACCAGAGUUGUGAAUAAACGUUGACUAACAUAGAUAAUGAGUUAUAGUGUUAUUCUGAUGAGUUUCACAGCCAUCUUCCCUUCGAUAAGCUAUGCUUAAACUAUCCCACUAAUCAUGAUGGGCGGUCGGAGAGUGGUGUGGUUUGGAGGGUGGGUGGAUUAACAAAAUCCAUACGUGGGUCCGGGGGUAUGAACUCUGGCAUUUUCUACGUUCUGAGGAAGACCUCUUACACUUGCGUCUCGCAAAUCAAAAUGGUGGCGAGUAGUGGUGUGUUUGCCGAAUACGCAUGCAUGUUCGUGUAAUAUCGUAAGAUGUUUGCUUUCAAUGUGCGCACACUUGGAGGAAAUCGUCACUCGUGCAAAUGAUUCGACAUGGUGAAUAUUCGGCGUCGAUGGUACGCGUGAAGAAAAACUCUCAAAACGUCACCACACACUGGGGGAAUUUGUUUACGCAACAGGUCACGAGUGAAAUUUUGCUAAGCACGUAGCUCUAGUGUGUGCCGGGCUUCAUAUAUUUAAAUUAAGAUAACACUUAAAUAACCAUUUACUUUUUUACAAUACUUUCAGGCCGUAUUGUUCUAAACCAAUAAACGACUGGGAAGAAUUAAAAACGAGUUUGACAAAUUCAAAGUGUAAGUUCGAUUUAUUUUUACAAAUAUUUUGUUAUAACUAAUUUAUUUAACUGGGUGUAUAUUGUGAAGAGACUUAGCAAGAUACAUUGUGCAGAGCCGAUUAGGUUAUACUAGAAAUAAGGAAAUUUCAUCUGUACUGGCCUGAAAACGCGGUUUGAGAAGAACUUGGCCGCAUCGAAUUAAAUUUUUAGCCGAUUAAGUUAUACCAGAAAUAAGGAAAUUUCAUCUGUACUGGCCUGAAAACGCGGUUUGAGAAAAUUUAUGUAAAUCAACAUGAAUCUGUAUCACAUAUACAGAUACGACACGCUUAUGAUUUUUCUUUGUGUUUUCUUCAUGAAUUAUUAAUGAUUUUUUUAAUCUUAAACACUGUGGUGGGGAGUAUUUAACUUAUCCCCUCUUAAUUUCACUUCAGUUAAACAGUUGAAACGUCUAGAUAUAAUAUUACAGUAUAAGUAUUUGUAUUUCUGUAGGUACAGGUACAGAUGAUUUGACCAAUCUUGUUAAAUACGACAUCACUAAGUUGGGAAACCAGUACACUGGUUGGAUGCCAAAGAAACCAAGGUACAAAUAUCUUCAUAUAUCUAGAAAGAGAACUGAUAGCAAAAGAUAAUUUAUUUCAUUGAUAUUGAAACUCGAAAUGUGGAGAAAAUUAAUGCUUUUAGAAAACUCACUAGUAUUUGUUUGUCCAAAUUGCACGAGAAACCAUCCUAUUACUGUACCUAUUAAUAAUACUCUCUCCUCCGUAGAGCCUUCUUAAGUAUACACGCAUCAAAAUUGAGAACAUCAACAACUUGUUCCAGAUUGAUAUCAACAGGCGUGAACAAGGUUGUGCGGCCCACUAUGAACAGUAUUGUCAACAUGUUGUUACAGCAUUGUUCAACUGUAACAACUUGGAACAACAUGGUUGACAACUUGUUCAUAGUUGGCCGCACAGCAUUGUUCACGCCUGUCGAUAUCAACUUGGAACAACCUGUGCGUUUUUAGCCGUGUAUACAAAUCUCUUUUCCCGCACUAGAAGAGAGUUAAUAAUAUACAUGAAAAAAUUAUGAGACAACAACUUAAUUAAUAUAAGUUUUCAACUGUCAAAUUAGUCAAAACUGUCUGUGAAAAUGUCUUUUGUUUUGGCGCUUGCCACGUAUUUCAUUUUUUGGCACUGUAUUUCAAUUUCCAAUACAAUUGCACUCCUCUUGGCCACAUAAAAAAAAUUAGUUGGUUAGCGUCCUCGCCCGCCCACAAAAAAGGGCCCGCUCAGGAUUUUUUUUAUUUUUUAUUUAAAAAAAAAACAAACUUUUAUUGAUCAACGGGCUCAAAUAUAUGUAGUAUUUCUGUUGACUGUAGUCAAUUGUGUUAAUAGACUUAAUAAGGGACUGGUCAUAAAGUAACUGCUAGUGUGGUCUGGAGGUAAAUCACAAAUUUUGCCAAUAAGUUUGGUGACCCAUCCUAAGAUGUAGAUAAAAAUUUCAAAGCCCAUCUAAUCUUACAAAAAAUUUUUAUGACCCACCCAAUUUAAAUUGGGAAAAUACACUUUUAUAAUAAAAAAAAACUUGCAGGUAUGAACAUUGUAAAUAUACACCGGCACACUGUAUUGACACACAUAAUUCCACCAAGCUUGACCAACACAUUCAUCACCAAUUACGAUACUGAGCUGCUCUCCAGUUGGUUGUAUUUGCUGUGAUUCGACCACUUCUUGUUGUUGUAUAAUUAAAGUACUGGCUUCAAUAGUAUCAUUUGCAUUUGAUAAUGUGGAUAGUUUUGUUUACUUUUAUUAUUAAUAUCUUUAUUUUCUGAAGUAGACACGUGCAUGGGUUUUUGUUUGGUGGCCCAACCGUGGACAUACAAAAAAAUUGGCGGCCCAUCGAAACUGCCCAAAGAUUUUCCAUGGCCCAUCCCAAAUCACUCCAGCCCACCCUACCAGUUACUUUAUGACCGGUCCCUAAGUUGCAAAAUUGCGUGCGAAAAUGACGGUAUGAAUCAUAUUUUGAAAUAUAUAAAAAAUAUCUGUACUGCGCAAGAAAAUCCAGUUUCGGACCUAAAACCAAGGAGUUAAAAAUUAGCCGUAAAAAUUUUAAGAAAAAGCGCCCGCCCACUUUUUGGCAAAAGCUAAGGACGCUAACCAACUAUUUUUUUUAUGUGGCCUAUUCUGUGGUAUUACAGAGUAAGAAAGUUGUCACAUCAUUUCGAUUUUCCUCUUGAAGAUAAGACCAUGUAUAUAUACGGUGCUAUUAUACAGAUAUUCUAAACUAUGUUCUUAAACAUAUAUAAUUGUCCAUCUAUGAUGUAAUGUUGCAAAUUAGUGUGUCCCAAAAGUAGCGGUUCCUGAAAUAAGUAAGCCUGAGUUAGAAGAGUCGUAAUCUUACGAAUACUUAUACUGUUAUUUUUUUGUCUUAGCUUAUCUGAGGUUCAAGCUAUUUUCUUUGGAACAACAUCAGGACUGACAUUCUAUAAGUAAGUAAAACAUCAGGAGCCUGUUGUUCAAAGUUGGAUUAGCGCUAACCCUGGAUUUACCUGAUAGCCUGCUGUUUUGGUUUGUGUAUUUCUGCAUGUCUGUUUAUUUCAACACUUUACAUAUAGAAAAUAAAACUUCUAUUGAUCGAAACAAAAUUUGUCGGAAAAUAUUUCCAUAUUUAUAAUCAAAUUGUUGGGAAGACAUCUUGAGAUCUUGAUCAGAGAUCAAGAUAAGAGAUCAUCUCAGAGAUCUUGUUCAGGUCUAUAAAUGUAUUUUCGGCCAUACUGAUUUGAACAUUGAACAUUUUGUAUCAUUUAUAUACCAACAUACGCAUUUCUGGCGGUCUCCCACUGACGAGUGAAUCGUCUGGGGUUAGACUAAAGUGAACAAGUAGUAAAUCUGCUACACUGGCACGUAACGAAGAUCUCCGAAAGAAGACCUCCUUGAAAAACACCUUUGGGUGAAGGACCGUAUGUCGUCAAAUAUUUAUUUAAAAAAAAGAGAGGACCGCUCAGAGAUCCUGUUAGCAGAAUGUUUCCGUGAACUAAAUUGCGAUGGUUUGUUUUGUAGCUCCGCCGGGGAGAAUGCGACAUUCAGUACAUCAAUAAAGCAAGAGUACUUUGAGAGAGCAGCUGACAGUUGGAAAGAACGAACAAUAAUAUUUUCUGCUGCAAGUCAAAAUGAAGGUACAGUAUACAUCAUUGCAAGACUGUGAUUGCUAGAUAGUAUACUUCAAACUAAGGUUUCGGCUUUUAUAACGUACAAAAAACUAUCCUCGCGCAAAACUAAACCCUGCCCUUUUAAUUGAAAAAACUAACUAGGAAAAUCAAUUAUACAUUAUUCAAGAUCAGUAAACUCAAUGUUUUUAACAAUAAAAAUGUUUUGAAAUGUUAAAAACAUUAAGUUUGCUGAUCUUGAAUUAUUGCUUAUUUGAUUUUCCUAGUUAGUUUUUUCAAUUAAAAGGGCUGAAAUGCGCCCUAAAAACCAUCAUUUAAAAUGCUGAACUGUGCCUUUAAACUCAUGAAAGGUUCGUCUUGCAAUGGCAAUUGCUAGAUAGUAUACUUCAAAAUAAGGUUUCCGUUUUUAUAUCAAUUUUUAAAAUAAGUUAGGGUUAGGUUAGGUCAGGUUAGGUUAGGGUUAGGGUUAGUAUUAGGGUAUGAAAUGCGCCUUAAAAAUCAUCAUUCAAAAGGCUGAACUGUGCCUUUAAGAAAUAAAUACAGUACGACUGUUCCUAUCUGACCAAUAUAUAUAUAGAUGUACCAUACUGUCAUUAUUAUACAAUACAAUCAUGUAGUAACAGAAUAUUUAAGGUCUUUGUGUACGUUUUAGUUUAUCUUAUGGAUUUAUUGCACUUAUUAUUUUAGCGCAUGCAAGUAGAGCUGUCGUUGGUAAAGACAACGUACUUUGGGGAGGUAAUAUUACAAACUGUAUAUAUUUAUGUAUAAUGCUUCAAAUACGAGUCGGACGACUUUGCAAACAUUUCAAAGUCCGAGUGCGUUUUUCCAUUUGAAGUCUUGAUUUAAUUUUAAAUCCUUUUUAAAAACCUUGUUGGAAAAACGAUAUCUCACUCCCAAUUUCGAAACCAGAACCUGCAAUCCUCUGUGGAGGCUCUGAUUGGUUGUUUUCAAGUGCUAAUUAUUAUUCAAACUGUGGGUCUAUUUAGUGAUUCAAACAUCGUUUAAUUAUUAAAGAUAAAGUUUAUUUCUCUUUGUGUAUUAUGUUUAGACAUAUCAAUGAAACACACCGCAUAACUUUAAUAAACUUAUUAAGCUUCCCUAGCUUCUCGUAUGAAAUCAAUAGACUAUUCUGAUAUUGAUAUGCCAAUAACAUAAUUUAGAAUAACAACAGUGCAGCAUUACCAUAUAAGGUCAUGAUAAGCCGUUGCCUGUAAUAUUUAAAAUAACACAACAAUCCAUGAUUUACCGUAAUUAAACAAGUUAAAAUAAAUCACUACCAGUAUCUUACAACAAUUCAAAACCAUGGCAAGUGUUCUUUGAAGAAUUAAAGUCGUAAUAAGGUUAAAGAACGGCAUAAUUCAUGUUUGACGGCAGUAAUGUCUAUUUAUAAAUGUCGAGCGGAGUACUGGAUCCAAAUGUACUGAUUUUCAUGCAAAAGUUGCCGGUGUUUCCCAGAGCCCAAGCAAGCCUCCACAGAGGAUUGCAGGCUCGGUUUUCGAGAUUGUCUCCCUGCAACCUCGCGAAAUUCCUUGCCACAAGAGACUGGGACGAGUCAAAAUGCCCCUAUAAAUAUGCCAUUUUGAGGAGACAAAACAAUUUUUCUUAGAAGAGAUAGGAGUAUGCAGUCUAUAUCUAUUCUGUAUCUUAGUCAUGAGAUAGGUAAAGAGAGUGACUGAAAAGCUGAGUUUUCACUUCUCAGUUAUUUAACUAUUACCUUCUCUCUGUACCUCACAAAAUGGAAGCGGGGCAGCAAUUUUAAGGCCCGUUUACACUUGCAACUUUUGCUGUGAUUUCUAGUGCGAUUUUCCUCUUCUGAUGGAUGUGAAGGAGUGGCUGAGUUAUGAUGUUGAGAUGAAGGAACAUAUGCUCAGAACAUUCAUACCUCAUCCACUCAUUCAAAUGCAUCAGAAGAAGAAAAUCACUAGAAAAUCGCAGCAAAAAUUACAAGUGUAAACGGGCCUUAACGCCCCUAUGUAUACAGGUUUAAAAAAUAUGCUGAGAGUUGAGCUGAAUUACACAGCUCAAGCUGAUCGUGUCGAAUGCUGGCUAAUGGCGCCUCUGGCUGCCGCCGUAUGACACAUUGGUUUGGGAUUAAUGCCACCUCACCUGUCAACAUUUUCUGUGGGAUGAAUUAAACCGGAGUAACCCGCGACCCUGAGAAAACCCACGACCUUCGGUAGAGGGUUGAACCGGUAUGUAUUUUAUGUAGCCCUACACGAAAUAUACACUAACAAUUUCCAUUAUCCUAUCCCUGACCCCACCCUAACCUAACCCAACCCUAAGCCCUGCCCUAAUUCCUACCCUAACAUAUAAACUUUGUUAUACAUUGUUUAUAUACAUUCCUGAACGUAAAAUAUACCACCUUCCUUCUGGGUUUUUUGUGUUCAAAUUUAAAAAAUACAUUUCGUGUAGGUCCACAUAAAGUAGGUACUUCAUGUUCACUCACUAAAAGUACAUAAGUGUAAAAGUACAUAAGUGUCAUGUCUCCGCAGCGAGAAACCCACGAUCUCAGAGGUACAAUGAGUUUGCUCUGAUGAUUGCGCCGCCCUGUUGUCCAGACUGUAGAUCUUUAUUCUUCGCUGUAUUUAUUUAGUUGUUGGAAUUCACAUGAACUCAACUUAUUUGAAACAAAUAGUUAACGAAAACCACAACAUGGUACGCACGAAUUUCAGUUGUUUGCUUUCUUUUUUUGAUAAUUAUUUCAGUGAAAGAUAACUCAAUAAUUUUACCUACUUGCUUUUGUUUUCGCUUCUUUUAGUGUGAAACUGAUGAGGUAAAUAAAUUUUGUGAUAUAAAAUGAAUGCUAUACCAUGUAUAUAAAUGUGACAAAAUAACAUACGUGAAUUAUCUGCGUAUCGAAAUAUUUUUAGGGUACAUUUUGUUAUUUGGUGGAUGAAAAUGGUUACAUAGUUUCUUCAAAGAAGGAAGAAAAGGUAUAGGAUAUAAUAAAACAAAAAGUUCAUUGUCGGACAGAAGUGCUUGGGGUAAAUGAGACUGACAGGCGACAUUCCGCGACAGACUAUCUAAAAAAGAGCGACAAACGACAGCCUCUGAUCAGCAAAUUGCAAUUUGUGUUAUGGGUCAAAAGUACAGCGAAAUUUAUUACAAUAAAACAAGCUGGCCUUUAUACCCUUGGUGGGUCUCGUAAAUUUCCUUUUAUUCCUCUUCAAUUUGUCCGAUAUUCAGGUUCCAAAACGUAUACACAGAUCAGCUUACAGGCAUCAUCAUAAUAGAAUAUAAAAUCUUGCACUUAGUCAGUGCCGCCGCCAAGGGGGGGGGGGGGGGGGGGGGGGGGGGGGGGGGGGGGUGUAGGGGGUUGGAAGUGUCAGGCUGUCAGCAGUGCUGCGUAUAUCCUGUGGUAUAUCUUACACGCAUCUACUAUCUGCUCAUAUAACCUACUGAACGUUGUUCCAAUGUGAAGCUCUAUAUGUGGUUAUGUCUCUCACUUAAUUAAAUUUGGCAAGAAUUUUGAAAUCAAUGUUUGACCCUGUUUAGGACAUUUUACAUUUUAUUCCAAAUGCACCCUCAUUGCAUGACAUUUCAGAGACCCAAAAUUUAAUGAGGAAAAAGUUGUCUUGCUUUCCCGGACAACGUAUAAACUGAACGCUUAAUUAGCCAUUAAUAUGUGCAUGUAAUCUCUGGGUGUCCUGUAGUUAUUAUUGCAAUUUUCCUCCUAUGCAGAAUGGUGAAUUCUUUGGUGCGGUUGAAGGAAACGUCAUGCGAGAUUUAAUUAACCAGAGUGUUUAUGAAAAGUAAGUUAUCGAGUAAUUUAAAAAUCUACUUGUAUUGCACGAUGUACAAUGGUCAGUAUUGUUCAUUAGAGAAAACUCAAACAAUAUAUCAUCACAUGACAAGUAAUAUACACAGUUUCGAAAAAUAACUGCUACUAUAUCUUGCACGAUCAUGUUUUACAUCGUAGAAACAAAUUAUUUAAUUUUCUUUUUAAAACUCUCACCUCCGUGCAUAGUAUAAAUUAUUUUUUAAUUUUUAAUUCUAGAGGAUUAUAUAUUAAAUAUUUUAUUAUUCUCGCGUUUCGGGCAGUUCAUAUCUGUUUUCAGGCUAUGAACUACAAAACAUGACAACGUUUCACUGACAACAGUUAAACUGCCCGAAACGUUGCGAAAAGAAUAAAAAAGACCUUCCGUUUAUAAUAAUCUUGUAGAAUUAAAAAUUAAAAAAUAAUUUAUACAAAUUAAUCUUCUUCAGCAAACUGUAAAAGAGAAUGCCGUCCGUUACAAUAUGCAUACAAUAUGCAUAAAGAGGUUCGCCACCAAUUAACCUAUAUGUAUGGGCUUUGUGAUUGGUUGAUCAUAACAAUAAAAGACAAUGAACUAUAUAUAGAAAUCAUACCAUUGUUUUAUGAAGCCAAUCACAAAACACGAUCACAUGAGGUUUGUAUUUACCACGAAACGGUACAAAAAUGAGAGUCAGUCUUAUUUUUAAACCUUAUACAGUUUGUUUGUCGUUUUCUAGGUAUAAUUUCACUGAUGUUCAGGCGACGUGCGAACCUACUCCUGAAGAAUCAAGUAGUUCCAUAAGACUCUUGGAUGUAAGUUCACUAUAUUACGUUUGUAAUCCGCAGCUCACUUUUUAAGUCUUUUGCUAUGGAAAGUAUGCGCUCAAAACAUAACCGGUGAUUUUUUAUUCGAGGCUAAAUCAAACAUGAAAAAUUACGCUCACAGGGUCGCUGAGACAGAGGACACCUAACCGGGCAUACUCUGGGUAAGAGAUUGGGUAGUUGCAGGCAGCUACUUGCCCCAGGACCCCAACAUGAUAGGGUGAAUAAUUUGAGAGGGCGCCAAAAAUUAAGCAACAUCCCUUCCCUUAGGGCCGUUCACUUAUUGAGGGCCGCCACCAUUGCCCACCAAAUCCAAGAAAAGCUUAUGACAGAAUUUUUUGAAAUAUUUGGACUGUAAAAUUAUUAAAUUAUUUGUAUGUUUGCAUGGUGAAACAACUUUAACUGCUUUGUUUGACAAAUAAAUAAUUUGUUUGGAAGUAAAUGUAUUUUCACAUUAUUAUAAAAUUAAAAAUUGUGGUGUAAUUAUAAAAAUUAAAAGGUGUAAUUAUAGGAACGUAUACAGUAUUCUUGAAGACUACAUCAAAUAAUGUACUUAUAUUUUGUAAUUUUGCAUUAAGAUGAUUGGGAUCACAGUAAUUCGCCAAAAGCUGUUGUGAUUUCCUGUCACAAUUUGUAAUGCUAUAUAAUUACUGAAUUAUUGUUCUUUGUAUAAUGUAACCUUAAUACUGUGUCAGAGCUCAUAAAAUAAAUUAAAUUAAACUAAGUAAAAAUUAUAUUUAUUUUCUUUCAGCCUUUUUUCUCUGUCGUUAACUAUGCAAAAUGGUGGACUCAAACAAUAGCAUUGUGAGUAUCUUAUAUCUAUUAGCUUAAUUACUAUAUAAUUAGUAUAGGUAAUCAUGCGAUGGCGAGUACAAUUAGGGAUUAAUAGUACGAGUGAUGUUUGGAAAUUCCAAACAAACUUCCAAACAUCACGAGUACUAUUAAGCCAUAAUUGUACGAGCAACAUCGCAUGAUUACUUGUUUAUUAUUAGCAUGACAAAAUUGGAUACUUCUCAAUGUUAUAAACAUCAUAUAUUCUCUCGCCAAAGCCCAGUCCUGCCAGAUUUUCAACCAAACGUUGGUGCUUUUGUCCGUAUUUUCAUUUACUUCUUAUGUUAAAGCAAAAUUUGGUGCUUUUGUU